AUGGAGACCAGCAAAAACAACCACAAAAUGCGAGUAAAACCAGAGCAGCAAGAAAAGAAGCGAAAAAGACAGCGCCCAUUUAUGGGUUUAUUUACUUUAAAAUUAAAAUAUAUAUAUAUAUAUAUAUUAUACUCACAUAUUUGUGUGGUGACGAAGGUAAGGAAAGGGGAAAUUAUUGCAAGUUGUUUAUAUGAAACUGGCAAACAAAAACUCUUUUUCUAUCUUUUUUUUUUAAAAAAAAGAAAAAGAGAAGAGGGGAGAGGAGAGGAGAGGAGGAUUUCAAAAAAAAAAAAGAAGCAAGUGCGUGUGCGCACGGAUGGCUGGACGGACUUUAACACAUGGUGCAACACGAUUUGA